AUGCAAUCUCUCAUUUGGGCCUCUGCUAUACCAUUGUAUAUUACACAUUCUUCCUCUACAAUACCUUACUUGAUAAAUGUACCUCGAGUCUCUUACUUGGCGCUUCUUUUCCCACGAUUAACAUCUUUCUUUGGAGAAAAUGUCAGUAGUUUCUCCUAUGAAGGGAUUCUACUGAAGAAUCUCCCAGUUGGUUUACUUUGCGAUUUGUAUCAACCAGAACUACCAUGGAGGAUAGAACUAGGGGAUGGUCCAUUAUUUGAUAUCCAUGAUACCUUUAUCAAUAGCGUUAAAGAAGCCGAUUUCAUGCGCAAUGGAAAUGCAAAAGGAAUUAUGAGCAUGUCAAAAGAACAUUCGACACAAUUGUGGAACUCGGUGCAAGAUAAUGAUUUCUCCACCUACCACAAGAUCUCCACUAUCCUCCUCAAUCCUGCUACUGCCCUGAAGCACAUACCGUUACGUAUAUAUCUUCCCUCGUCCUCAACCCCAUCUUCAACCCCUCAUCCGGGUUCCUCGGGUUCAUCAAAAGCUCCUAGUACCGCUUCUCCACCUUCACCACUCUUCACCUUCAAAACAAUACAAACUCUCAUACAACCGCAAACCACCUCCCGAGAACCUCAAACAUUAGGAGGGGCUCUUAAUAGCGUCCUUCCGACAUUAUUCCCCAGUAAAAGAGAUGCUAUUUUGGCAGAGGUAAUCUUACACGGGGCAACAGUUCCUUUCAAAGCGGUAUUGGAGGAUUUAAUGAGGGAAGCAAGUUAUGCUGAUGGAUGGUUAAAUGUGUGUGUCGUUAUGCUUAAUUGA